GCAGCACACGUGCAAGCACCGGGCUCCCUCUGUAUGCAGCACAAGAGAGAUCGGCGGUGGAUUUAUCCUCACAGCAGCAGCAGGGGAUAUCUCCAUCUGGACCCUAACUUUUGCCUCUGACAUCAAGUUUCCAGUUUACUGUACAGCACUGCUGUUUGUUUUCUGAUGACUGUUGGAGCUGUUCAUGAAGAGGGAGGGAGCCAGUGAUUGUUUGGAUAUGGACUGAGUAACAAAAACAAAGGAGAAGAGAAAAGGAGAGUGGGAGAACUGAUGCCACUGAGAUAAAGAGUCUGAAAGAGUGAGAUGAAGAGAUUUGUUUGGCUCUAGAAAGCAGAAAAAAGAGAAAGAGGGAGGAGAGACAGAGGAUCCAGCCCUCUGGGAUAGCAGUGUAUGUUUUUGGGGGUGGACUGUGUGGCUUUGUAUGCAGAACAUCACCGGACACCAACAGGAGGGCCACUCUAUGUCAGUCUUUCUCUAUAUGUCUGUAGUGAAAUCGGACCUACCUCUGAUCCCUGUGCCACACAAACUCCUCCAUCUGCUGCCCAGGAGCCUGCCUUCUGCUUCCUCUGCUGAGAGUGUGUGAUAGUCUCACAGAGCCGCUUCCCGGAGGUCAGGAGGCUGUGAUGUGGAACUUGUGGGAUUAAACGUUCUGCAGGAUCAGCACUGACAGCGAUGGAGUGGAUCCUGGAGACGGGAGGUUCAGAUUCUUGAAUGAUUGGUGGAUACUCAUCUGUACUAGAUCCGCCUGUCUUCUCUUUCCUUGAUUGUAUCAUUUCUGCAUCUGGUGCAAGCAGCCCAUGUGGGUAGCGAGCGUGGGAGAACAGAGGAAACCCCGCGCCCCAAUGCCCGCUGCUAUGCUUCCGUGUCCUGCUCCAGCCGGGUCUGACUGGAGCUUCCAGAACCCGGUUGGGGUGGACUGCAGCGCCCCUGAACCCCGCUGCAUCUGGUUAGCAGUGCUCCGUGGACCCACGGGUUCAGUAUCGCCACCAUCUCCACCUGUCAUGCCUGUUAGGCGCAGUCAGAGUGCUCACCAGCUCAGGGCCAAGGGGCGGAGGGAUGUUCUCUCCUCACCCGGUGACAACCCUCGGCCGCCGAUGGCGACCCGGCCUGGAAGGGAGGGGCUCGGCGUGGGCUGGAAGGGUCCCCGGACGCUGGUCCUCCAUAAGAACUCCCAGGGUUUCGGCUUCACCCUGCGCCACUUCAUCGUUUACCCUCCAGAGUCGGCCCUGCACACCUACCUCAAGGAUGAGGAGAACGGUAACGGAAAGGGGUAUCAGAAAAGUCGACUGGAGCCGAUGGACACCAUAUUUGUGAAGAGUGUGAGAGAAAAAGGCCCAGCCCAUCAGGCGGGUUUGUGCACAGGGGACCGGCUGGUUAAAGUGAACGGAGAGAGUGUUUUAGGGAAGACGUACUCACAGGUGAUCGCCCUCAUUCAGAACAGUGAAAGUAUGCUGGAGCUCUCCAUUAUGCCAAAAGAUGAAGAUGUGCUUCAGUUGGUAAGUGCUUACUCCCAAGAUGCCUACCUGACAGGCAACGAGCCCUUCUCAGGGGGAGCUGGGAACCUCCCACCACCUCCUCCCCUCUGUUAUCCCCGUACCAAAACCACAUCCCCUGCCGGAGCCCCUCCGUCAGCCCCCAUGGGCCAGAACCAGCUGGAUAACUGGAGUCGCUGGCCAGGUUCCUCAAGCCCCUCUUCACCCCUAGACAACCGCUCCGCCGUGGGCAGCCCCGCUAGCUGGCAGGAGGGGCGAGCAGGAGAGCCAGGCGGGGUUGGUCACAGCAGCCCAGCCCACCGCACAGAGGAGAUCCAGUACGGGAUGACCAGCCAGCAGCCUCAGGGUCAGACUAGGGGACGCUCCUACUCCUCUUCCUCCUCUUCAGGAGGCCCCUUGUCCAGCCCUCUGCAAGUCCACUACCCCAACCACCAUGCUGCCAGUUCCUCGCAGGCUCAGCCACGUAAGUCCAGCUCGGCCUGGACCAGUCCCCCUUUGCCCCAGCUCAGCCAUGGACGUAACGAGCGACAGCAGGCGCUGUCAGAUUGGUACUAUAGCCAGCUGCCUGAGCGCUCCGGACGCAGGAUGCAGACCCGACACCGCAGCUACUCUCAGGACCGGCUCAGUGAAUCAAGGAGGCAGCAGCAGCGGAUGGGUCCUGGUGGCUGGCCACACAGUGCCUCCCAGGACACUCUGCUGUUACUGCAACAGUCAGGACCAGGACCCCAUGGGGAGCCCCAGUGGUCUUACAGAGACUGGGAAUCAGGUCCAGGGAGGGGUCACCCAUCCACAAACUAUACAAGAACUCGCUCUGAAAACCUGUUAGCAAUGUACGACCGCCACGGACGCUCCUUGGAGAUGUUGGACCGAGCAGCAGCUGGACUGGUCUCGCCUCGGUUUGAGAGGCCGCUAUGGCAACAACAGGCUCCCCAGCCACCUCCGAGGACUGACGCCUACACCAAACAAGGGAACCAUUACAGUCCAGCACAAGCUGCUUCUGCUUCCCGGCAGUCGCAUUCUAAACACCACCCCCAGACUCACACCCAGACCCACUCCCAGUCCCAGCCCCAGCAGGCUGCCCCCCAGAGCCGGCGACUGCCCCACGCACAGAGCAUGGACGACCAGCCGGUGGGUUACCGCAGCUACAGCCCCUCAUUUUACAGAAAGACAGGCCGCAUCAUGCAGCAGGCUCACUCCUUUAGGGACCCUUCAUACUCUGGCCCCCAUUUGAACUGGAACCCAACACCUAAAAGCCCCCCGGAAGGCACAGCAGCACCCAUCACUGCCUCUUCUGCCUCCCCCCUUACCUCUGCCUCCAGUGAAUCCCAGGACAGAGCAUACAGGCCGACAAACCACGAGAGGGAACGAGGGUCUGUGGAGGGGCAGGCAGAGGUGGUGGCACAGACACAGGAAGUGGUGCUGAGGCAGAAGCCUCCCACUGGACGGAGGAACGCUCACGGUCUGCGGCACCCUCACUACGUGCUGCCCAUGGACGGACUAGAACCUUCUUUGUUUUCUCCUGACCUUGAAGACUCAGCACCUGGCCCUGGUUCCACAGGAGAUGUAGCCCCACGCAAAACAAAUGGCAGCCUGGCCCCCCUACCCAUAGAGGAUGACUCUCUGGCCUCCAUCCCCUUCAUAGAUGAGCCGACCAGCCCCGGCGCUGAUUUGCGCGCCCGCCACGUGCCGGCGUCCUCGGUGGUGUCCAGCGGCAUGAGUUCGGCGCCCGCCGUGGUCACCAGCCCCGCCUCCCCCACUUUCUCCUUCCCCCUCACUAGGCUCUUCUCACACGACUGCACAGGCAGUAUUAAAUCCAGUCGCCGUUCCUCCUAUCUUCUAGCCAUAACCACAGAGCGCUCCAAGUCAUGUGACGAAGGACUCAACACAUUCAGAGAGGAAGGACGAGUCUUCUCGAGGCUACCGAAGAGAGUGAAGAGUUUCUUUACAGAUGGGUCUUUAGACAACCUCGGUACAGCAGAGGAGGUGCGAUCUAAACGACACUCCACCUCAGAGCUGGGAAACAUCACAUACAGCGAUGUCAGGAGAGAAGGAUGGCUGCACUACAAACAGAUCCUCACAGAGAAGGGCAAGAAGGUGGGCAGCGGCAUGCGACCGUGGAAGCGAGUCUUCUCUGUUCUUCGCUCCCAUUCGCUGUUCCUCUACAAAGACAAGAGGGAAGCAGUGCUUCGCGGGGCUACGAUAGGAGGCUCGGCGGACGACGAGCAGCCAAUCAGCAUCAAAGGCUGCCUGGUGGACAUCGCGUACAGCGAGACCAAACGAAAGCACGCCCUGCGGUUGACCACGCAGGAUUUCUGUGAGUACCUGCUGCAGGCGGAGGACCGUGAGGACAUGCUGGACUGGAUUAAGGUCAUCCGAGAAAACAGCAAGACAGACAGUGAGGAGCUCGGCUUUUCCAGGCAGGCCCUUAUCAAUAAGAAACUGAAUGAUUACAGAAAACAAAGUCCAACAGGCAGUAAACCUGACUCCUCACCCAGACUGCCUCGCAUGAAACCUCCAUUCCUGCUCACAAAGACAGAAAAUGUAGCCGGGGCACCACGCUCUCCAAAACCAGAUGGCAAAGAUGAGAGCGGCCCUCCAAAGUCCCCAUGGGGAAUCAACAUCAUGAAAAAGACAAAGAAGGCAGGGCCUAAAGCUUUCGGUGUGAGGCUGGAGGAAUGUCAGCCAGGUGUCAAUAAUAAGUUCAUCCCACUGAUCGUGGAGAUCUGCUGUGGUCUGGUAGAAGAGAUGGGUCUGGAGUACACAGGGAUCUACAGAGUCCCCGGGAAUAACGCCAUGGUAUCCAUGCUGCAGGAUCAGCUCAACAAGGGCGUUGACAUCAACCCAACAGAAGAGAAGUGGCAGGACCUGAAUGUUGUCAGCAGUUUACUCAAAUCAUUCUUCAGAAAACUUCCAGAGCCGCUCUUCACAAACGAUAAGUACAAUGACUUCAUCGAUGCCAACCGCAUGGAAAACGCAUCCGACCGCCUGAAGACCAUGAAGAAACUGAUCAGAGACCUCCCGGAUCAUUACUACCACACUUUGAAGUUCCUGGUCAGCCACUUGAAGACUGUUGCUGACAACUCUGAUAAAAACAAGAUGGAGCCUCGUAACCUGGCUCUGGUGUUCGGGCCGACUUUGGUGCGGACUUCUGAGGACAACAUGAAAGACAUGGUGACACACAUGCCUGACCGCUACAAGAUCGUGGAGACCCUCAUACAGCAUUGCAUCUGGUUUUUCACGGAAGAGCUAGACAAAGAUGAGAAGACACCGGUGGACACGGAGGACGUUCAGCCCGCACCAAACAUUGACCACCUGCUAUCCAACAUCGGAAGGACCGCUCUGCUCGGGGAGGCCUCAGACUCAACCAACAGUGACUCUGCUAAAUCAAAGGGGUCGUGGGGUUCAAAGAAAGACCUCGGAGCCAAGGACUUCCUGGCUCUGUCCAUCAUGUCGGCCGUCACUGGUCGCAAACGCAGGAAGCGCCACAACGCCCGGCGCGUGGGCAGCAGUACUGACGAUGACUCGGAGCACGAGCCAAUCAAAACGGGACAUCUCAGGGGGGAGGAGGAAGAGGAGGUGGAGUCACCUGUAGAGGGCACUGCUCCUCGAGCAGAAGGAGAGGAGGAUGAGGAUGAAGAAGAAGAGGAAGAGGAAGAAGAAGAUGAGGAAGUUGUAGAAAGCGGAGCAAAAGAGGAGGAAGAAGAGGGGGAGGUGUUAGCAGAUAUUCCCAACUGUAAGGAGGAAGAGGAGGCAGGAGGACGGCAGGCGGUCAUGUUGCUGCAGGAGGAGGAGGCUCGUGUGGAGGUGAAGAGCCCGCCGUGGAGAUCUCCAGAGGAUGCUCGCUCCAUCGUUUCUGGUUACUCGACUCUCUCUACAUUAGGGCGGAGCUUGGGGUCAGAAGGGAGGGGUGAUGAUGCCGAUGACGAGCACAGCGAGCUUGUGAGCGAGACGGACAACGAGAGCGGCUUUGCCUCCCGCUCCCUCACACAGGAGAGACCCGAGAAACAUCCCACUCCACCUGUGAACACACAGCCACCGGCUGUCCCACGCAGCUUCCUCUACACACACUACAAACCCCCCAUUCUGUCUCAAACCAACCUUCUGCCCCCACCCACGGCGCUCACACAGACCCCAGACUCAGCGGAAAGAGGCGAAGGAGGAGCACGGUCCACCACGCCCUCCUCCUCCUCCUUCUCGUCCUCCACCUCUCACAAACUGCACUCUCGGCCUUCCUUUAACUCCCACAAGCUGAUUCAAUGCGACACUCUGGCGAGGAAGAAGCUGAAGUCAGAGAAGGCCAAAGCUCGCUCUCUGGACCUCUUGGAGCUCCCCGGAGCCUCCGCUCAGAGCGACAGAUCUGGAUCCAGCUCUGAUGGAGCAACAAAACCAAGGAGAGAAAGUUCCAGAACCAACCCCUCUUCAGGUAGCAGCCAGGAGAGCCUGCGGCCGACUCGACCCAAGCCUGCCAUAGCGCCCAGCGAAGCGGCCUCCUUUACCCCAGCUGGCCCUGGCAGCAGGUCUCUGGCGGAGCACGUCCGUGCUCGUCUGAUGGGCUCAGCUGAUGACCUGCGCAGUGUCGGACUGCGAAAACCACUCUCGCCUGAGACACGGAGGAAGAGGCGAGCGUGGCGUAGGCACACUGUAGUGGCUUCCCCAACUGAGACAUCUGACAAGAGACCCCCUCUGCCCGUCAAUGAAUUCCCCUUGUCCCCUAUUGCUGAUCAGAACCAGGUCAAAAUAUCAGGGCUGCCUCUGGGUGCAGAUGGGCUCGAACACGGGCCGGCUACACGUCAAACACCCACCUCCAGAUUCCACCAGUACCUGUGAGCCCUGUCAGCUGACCGGCCACCCUUACCCCUCACUCCGAGGAUCCUGGGCUGCUGACUCCUGCAGGUCAGUGGACCGGCAGCAGCAUGAACAGGGUUGGUUGCCCGGAGCAACACAGCACACCAAUAAGAGCAGCCUCUGCACCCCUUUUCUUUUCUCAAUAAGCUCCGUUUGCAUGGCAGGGGGCGUUUCAGUGUUGCCAAAGCUUUUUGUUUGUUUGUUUUUUUUUCUUAUAUGUGUGCUUUUCUAGAAAUAAUGCAUAAACAGGAAAGAGAAAAACAGAGACCUCAGUCCCAUUAUCCACAGCCAAGAAUUCUCAUUGAAAUUAAAGGGUUAAAUCUCUUCAAGUAAUCAGGAAAAGAACUCCUUCUGGUUCUUAAGAGAAUGGUGCUUCUACAUUAAACAAUAAAUUUCACAAGUAGCCAGUUUAAAACCAUUUCAAGGGAGAUCUCAGCUGAUGUCACAUCAGUCUUUCACUUCAGAUCACAGACGCCGCUUCAUUCAAACUCCAGUCUCUUUCUACUUGUUAAUAAUGUUUGUGUUUGCGCUAAAAUAUUUGUGCGUGCAGGUGUUUGUGUUGAACACUUUUGUAACAUUUGUAUAAAGCCUUGUUAAGUUAACCUUGUAAAUAUAAAAUAUAAUGUUAUAUUUGUUUUUACUUUUUUAGUUCUUUUCUAUGGUUUACAAAAAGUGCGUACAAAUGCACAGUCAUUUCUUUCAAGAUGUUACUUGAAAUGUUUUUCCUUAAUAUAUUCUGUUGUGUUGUUUUAUAUUCAGUAUAUAUAUUAUAUAUAUUUUGUAUCAAAGUUAAAAAAGUACUUUUAUUGUCACUUCACCUCUUUGGUGUUACUGUUCAAAGGAGAUGAGAUAAACAUGGCGUUGCCUGUUCCUUACUUUCCUCAUCGAUGGCCUUUCUCUCUGAUUCACUGUGCAGGAAACCCUUAUCUCCUCAGAAACAGUUGAAAAAACAUGACUAAACUUGCAACAGUUUGCAUUAACAUACAUGUAGCAGGAGAAGAAAUGUAAUCUGGGUAUUUUUCAGGAUGUUCUUGUGCAGCUCAGUGCCACGCCAUUAUAGCUAACCUUAAGACAAGGACAGAAAAGCAUAGACUAUUUAAUGAUUGUGAAAUGGCUUCUUUUACACCUAUGUCUGUUCUGAUCUGUGCGUUUCGCCACAUCUCCUUUGAGAGUUUAACUGUCUGCACGUUUAUUACCUUGUAUGACGGAGAGUUUUCCAUAAGGUCAGGCUCUAAUAAAUCCUCUCCUACAGAGGAAAUGGUACAUUAUUAAGAGGAAAUGACUGCAGAAUGCUAAUGCUCAUCUAUUGUUUCUCAUCUCUUGUAUUGACCGUAGGAACCUUUAGUCAUUACAGUUACGCAAACUAGAGUCCAAAGUUGUAUGAGACUCUGUUGAAUGACCAAAACCAACCAGUGCAAACAAAUAAAAAAUAAUAAUAGAUGAUGGUCUCGGCGUACCUCAAGAUUUGUUCUAAGUGCCUGAUUUCUGGAAUGUGUUUCUGUUCUGCAGUGCCAUGUCACUUCUUAUCUUUCCGUUUCCCUUUGUUGUUUCUGGGUCUCCUCCCUCUCCUCCUGUGGUCGAACCUGAGGCACUGACCCAAAGAUGUGUACAUUAAAAUCUAAAAGGUCUAAACUAAAAGAGGCUGUAAAGAUGUCCUCUAAAGAAAGCACACUUUAAGCCAAGAACAUGUCUAUGCACUCUCUCUGCCUUCGACAGAGGCAUUAGCAGCUGUUAGCGCUGCUGCUAAGAGGGCAGAAGUGUAGCUUUUCUCUCUCGGCUGCUUCUCUUUUAAGAGGUCAUUUCUGUCCACCUGGUGAUCCACAGUGUGUGAAUAUGGUACACCUGACGAGCCCUUCACUGACACUUUUCGUCAGCUCAUGUCAGACUGCAUUUUCCUAAAGAAGAACUUCAUCAAGUGUCUGAAAUGUGAUCCACCUAAUGUCUCAUUGUUGUAUUUUAAGAACACAUUUUUGUACAUACUAUCUUAAUAUGUAACAUAUUGUAUUGUGUACAUUUGGAAUUGCUUUUUGAGUAUAACUAAUAUGAAAUGACUGGACUUAAAAGGAUGUCCAUCUAAAACUAUUUCCCUCAUGGCUGUGUGCUUUAAUGCAAGGUUAUAAAAUGUAAAU